AUGUCAAACCCAUCACCACACGAAUAUUCGCGAAGAGGAAAAUACGGUGAUACUAACAGGACAUCAUCAGCACGCUCAGGUUCAUCGAUUCGAUCGCGUGAAGAAUACCCCCAAAAAUACCACAGUUCAGGCACACACAAUGAUCCCUCUCAUCCCCUACGUCAAAAUAUAAGUGGUAAUGACAGAAGUAUCUAUCAAGCUUAUGCGUACCGAGAUCGUGGAAAGGAAAGAUAUGCCGAUACACCACAGGAGCCAAUCGCACAUCAAGGAAAUGAAGGAAAUGAAGGAAAUUCUGAAACACUUAACCAAUCGAACUUUUCUCGAGGUAAUGAAAGAAAUGUCGAGAGGGGUAAUAAUGUCGCUCGAAGCAGUCACCUCGAGAGAGGUAAUGAAUCGAUCUCAUAUGGAGAGCAGCAGAGGUAUUUCGAUGGGUCAAAUUCAUAUCGAGCAAAGCAGCGGUAUCCCGAACCACAGAAUGGGCCGAAUUCGUACCAUGGUGACAGCUAUAGGCCUAGGAACAACAAGAGGCGGUACGAUGACUACCAAGAAAACUCUUAUUGGCCUAACCAGUCGCGAAAGAGAGAUCAGUACGACACAAGCUAUCAUUCUGAGCCUCGCAGAUUUCAGCAAACACUCCCUCCUAGGUCAGAAGCAAAAUUGUCGAAAGCUGACAUUGAAAACGGUAUUAAAGAAUUGGAACGCCAUUUGGAAAGCUUAAGUGGGGUACAACCAUUGAAUGAAAUCAAGGUUAUUGACUCGCGGUGGGGUGUCAAGGCAAAGGGCUUUGAAAAAGUAAGUGCGCCAAGAGCAAAACUAUCAGGGUUGUUUCCAUUGCCUGGAUUCCCACGUCCUGUUGAUUUUACAAAGCUAGAAGGGUUGGUGAAAGAUAGACUAUCGAAUAGCAACGAUAUUUUGAACGAAGCAAGUAGGAUUGAUCCCGUUGAUUCAAGAGUGGCGAAAACUCUAGUCAUUAGUGGCAUUGAAUCGAUUAAUUACUUGAAGAUUGUUGAAUUUUUUAACGACUAUUUAAGAAUGAUUGAUUUCGAACAAAGCUCAAGUAAUAAUGUACACAGUAAAAGGAAAUCAAAGGAUGACAAGACGUUGAUUAUUGAAUUCAAUAAUAGUGAGUGUGCAACAAUUAUUUACUCGUUAAAUGGCACAGAACUACUUUUCAAUGCUUAUAAGGAGAAUCAUGUUGAAAGAAGGGAAUUGGCGGAUAAAUUCCGAUUACAAAUAUCCAGACCAAAUGAGUAUGUUGUUCAGGAUGAAGCGACUACCUCAGAGGAGGUCCAGGAAAUUGUCAAAGAUAGCCCAAGAAAGAUUUCCCUUGUUGUGUCGCCCAAUGUUUCCUCUGAUGAUGCAAGGGAACAUCUUCUGACAUUGGCCCCUCUCGUUGGAAUGCAAUAUUUCCGAGAAAAAGGUACUAAAGAGCCUUUGGGGUUGAUAUUUGCAGAAUUCAGACUGAAUGAGGAAGGUAUCAUUGACAAGUUGAUGGGAUUGUCUUUUGUGACGAAUGCUUUUUACUCGUGCCUUCCAAAUAAAAAAACACCAAUACAAAAUGGACCUAUUGAUUACUAUACGUUGCCAAAAUUAGUAAAUAAUGAACUAGUUUGCCCUAGAGCUAGUUCAAAUGUGGUUCAGUUGAUAAAUGCUGUUUCGAUAAAAGACUUGAUGGAUGAUUCGAAUGUAAGGUUUUUGCACAAAGAUAUAAAAGAUGAAGCAUCUCAGUUUGGGACAGUUGUGUCCAUCAAAAUUCCACGACCAGCCAAUGAUUUUACACCAGGAUUGCAGCAGUUGAAUAUCGCCGGAUUGGGGAAAAUAUUUAUUGAAUUUGAUGACGAAAAGUCCGCAUUGAAGGCGAUAAUGGAGCUUUCAGGAAGACUGUACAAUGACCGUACAGUUCUUGCAACUUAUUUUGACCAUGAAGAUUUCAAGAGAAACAUCAUCUAA